AUGUUCGCUGCCCAACCCGCUCCCUCAACACCCACGAAGCCUUUCCGUCAUACAGGCCACUAUACACCGGUCCGGCCAUCGCCUCUUGGUCCGCACAGCACCACCACCACCGCCACUCCCCCAUGGACAAUGGGCUCGCCCACGCCCAUGCGCUCCGGAGCCUCGCCCAUCUCUUUCCCUACCUUUACCUCUGCCGCCGGUGCCGUGGCCCAAACAGAACAACCACCCCGAUACCACAACCCUUUUUCCCCCUCCACAGGCGUAUCUCGCUCCAACUCACCGUCUCAAACACACUCCCAAUCUCCCAGCUUCACUAAUAUCGCCUCCUCACCCGCGCCAUUGACCCACCAACCGGCCAACGCUCCUACGCACCCCGGCCAACCAAACAAUAAAUUUGCGCCACAGUCUCCUACGCCCACCUCGCCGACCCCGUCGCGUCAAUCGCGGUUUGCAGAGCGAUAUGCGGCGCAGAUUGCGAACCCGAUGCGGGGGACGACGUCGCUUGCACGCUCCAAGACCCGGGCCAUGUUCUUGAAUCGAGUCAGGAGUGAGCGAGAUACGGGGCGGUUCGAAGCUCGCGGGGAGCAGAUGAUGAUGGCGGAGCAUUUGGCGGAUAAGAGGAGGUGGGAGGAGAGCAUGGCGCGGGAGGCAGAUGGGGCUUUGUAUGGGGUUGAGCGGGAUAUUGAGGAUGAUGGGAUGCUUCCUGUGGAUGAGGACGAAUUGCGGGCCCUCGAUGAGUAUCUCUCUCAGGAGGAAGCUUUUGAAAGAGCCGCGCAAGAGUCAAUAAGCAAUGCUCACAGAUCUCGAAUGACCGAGCCGGAUGUUCCGUUUAGUGAUGCUGAUUAUGAUGACAUCUUCAUGCAAUUACAAGAGCAUGCGCAGGACAUGGAUAUGUCUUGA